AUGAAGGUUUCAAUAUUGACUUUUUUUAUAUUAAUAUCUUUCAAUCAAAAAGUGACCUGUACUCCAAUAUUUGACUAUAUUGUGGCCAAGAUAACUGACAUUGCUGAUACAGUAACAAAAACCUUCAUAAGCAUAAGGACCCAAGUGCAAAAUCUAAUAGCUACGGGCAAUACCCACCCUGUGUUACGACUGCCGACGCUACACCAUGUUGGAGGUUCUUCGAACUUCAACGACUUUGUGGAGAAGGCAGCAGCUGAGAAUGAAACAGAAAUACCAGAGUAUAUCAAUCUUAAAUCGGAGCCAACUGCACUCAUGUCCACGCCACAGUUGGCGACGCUGCACGGCAGGAGAGUAGAAUCACACAUCAUUCAUACAAAAGACGGUUAUCUGCUAACUUUACAUCGGAUAUCACCGCGAAUGGACCGAAGUGCGGACUCAAUAGUAGUUAACCAGACAGUGAUACUUCAUCAUGGUUUACUUGGCAGUUCUGCGGAUUGGAUUUUGUUAGGACCUGAAAAAUCUCUUCCAUACAUUUUAACUGACGCCGGCUAUGACGUUUGGAUGGCAAACGCGAGGGGAAAUUACUACUCACGUGGUCAUGUCAAAAUGGCCGUAGACUCAGAUUCUUUCUGGAGGUUUUCUUUUCAAGAAAUGGGAGAAUACGAUCUAUCGGCAGUUAUCGACUAUAUCCGAAAUAUUAAAAAGAGUGAUGAACCGAUUGAUUUCAUAGGCCACUCCAUGGGUGCUACGGCCUUACUGGUAUUACUAUCUACAAAUCCUCAAUAUAAUAAGUAUUUAAGAGUUGGUAUUCUACUCGCACCACUUGUCUUCAUGGGAAAUGUUGAAGGACCGUUUAAAGUUUUGACAGCUAUGGCCUCUAGCCCACCAGAACAACUCCUUAAACUUAUAGGCAACAAGGAAUUCGUGCCUACACGAAAAAUACCAAAAUGGCUUGCGUUAAAAUAUUGUAAAGGUCCCUUACUCUUUUGCUGCAACCCCUUAUACUUUGUCAGUGGUGGUAUACCGGAAGACAACCACGCUUGGAAUCUAAGUUUUCUUGCAAGAUUGCUAUACCACGUACCAGCUGGUGGCUCGACGGACACGAUAUUGCACUACGCCCAGUUGGUGAAAACUGGAAAAUUUCACAGGUACAAUAAUGUGUAUGAAGAGUUUCGCCUCAAUCAGGUGACGUUACCCAUCGCUUUGUUCAGUUCCAGUGAAGACUGGCUGGCAACUAUUCCCGAUGUACUAAGGUUAUACUUUAGUAUAGUAAAUCCAAUUGACCACUACAUUAUUCGAGGUGGAAAUAUGAGCCACACUGAGUUCGUUUGGGGAGCUCGUGCUGAUGAAAUAGUGUUUAAGAAAAUAUUAGAAUUUCUGGAUAGCGGCCUAGCCAUUAUUGGAAAUGCUAAAAAUUCUAAUGAAGUCCAUUCUGACCUUGCUUAG